CACACGGGCCACCCUCGGGCCGCCACUGCCACCCCUAGAUCACCAUCCACCUCCUGCUGCUGGCCCCCUGUCACCAAACCUGUCCACUGUGUUCCCAUGGCCACCCUGGGCAUCCUCUUGUCCCCCACAGCCACCCCUGGGUCUGGUCCUCAACAGGUCCCCACUGCUACCCCCAGGUCACUCCUGUGCCCCAAAUGGGUCCCUACUACCCAAGGUCACUGGUGGUGCCACCCCCUGGGUCCCCAAUUCCACCUCUGUGUCACCUGGGUCCCCAGUUCCACCCCUGUGUCACCAGUGGGUUUACCAUGGCUACCCCCAGGUCACCCAUUGCCCCAACAGCCAUGACCACCAUGUCACCCUGUGUCCUCAACACUCCUCACUGCCACCCCCAGGUCACUCAUGUUCCAAACAGUUCCUCCCAGCCAUGGGACCUCACCAUGACCCUGCCACCACCCCAUGUCUCCACUUGUCCCCUCCGUGUCCCCUGUGCCAAAUCCCUAUGUGGUCCUGUGUUCUCUCAUGUCCCCUGUGUCCGCAGGUUGCUGGUGUCCUGCAGCGCCUGUCCCUCUUGUCUCGCUCUCUCAGCGCCAACAUCACGCUGGGCUGGGGCCACAAGGAGGGGCCACAGGUGAUGGCAGCGGCACAGCGGGUGGGGGUGCACACUUGGGCCAAGCAGCUGCCAAAUGGCUAUGACACAGAGGUGGGCCCACGGGGCAUGCAGCUUUCAGGGGGGCAGGCACAAGGAGUGGCGCUGGCCCGGGCCCUGCUCAGGAACCCCCAAGUGCUGGUGCUGGAUGAGCCCACGCGGGCACUUGACCCCAUGACCCAGCACAAGGUGGAGCAGGAGCUGCUGUGUCCCGGCGCUCCUGGGGCAAGGGAGAGGCCGGCAGUGCUGCUGGUGACAGGGCGGGUGGCCCUGGCCCAACGGGCUCCGAGGGUGGCCCUGCUGGAGGGGGGGCGGCUGCGGGAGCUGGGGAACCCCGGGGAGCUAAGGACCCUCCC